GUUGUUAAUGAUGUCGUUGAUUUAAUGGCCGCGUAUUGGCCAUGGAUAUAUUUAUGUUGUGUAUGUAUGUAUCGCGUAUAAAAUUUCAACUACAACGAUGAUAUCUUUUUUUUUAAUGAUCAUCAUCAUCAUGAUGAUGAUGACAAUUUUGAAUGAUUUCCCAACAUUAUAAAACAGUAUAAUAAAUCAAUUUUUGUUUUUUUUUUGGACCAUGAUCGUUGUUGUUUUUGUUGUUGCUACUACUACUACUACUACGUUUGCUUAGAUGAAAGAUGAGAAAUCUAAAUCUAAACAUCCAUUAUUAUUAUUGUUGUUGUUGUUGUUGUUUUAUCAUUUAUGAAAUUCAUCGCAAUCAUUGACCGAUUCAAGAAUAAUCCUCAUCAAUUGUUGUGUUUUCAAUUGAAAUCACAGAUAAUGAUGUUCAAUUCAUUCCAUUUUUUUAUUCAUUGUGAAUACUAAUCAUUAUCAAUUUCAUUGUUAAACCAACCACCAGCUACAAUCAACAAGUCGUAAAUUAUAUUAUAUAUUCAUUGCCAUUGAGCUUGACAUAAAUUUGAACCAUCAAAAAAAAAAAAACGACCAAUAAUGUCUGAUCAUCAUGAUACUAAAUGUUUAUUGACUAUUCACAAAUCAUUCACCGGUCAAUAUGAUGAUGAACUUUCCAUUGAACAUGGACAGAUUGCACAAUUAAUAAGAAAAUUGGAUAAAUACUGGUAUGAAGUUUAUAUGGAAGACCGUAUUGGAAAGAUUCCAAUCGAUUGUUGUCAUGAAAUACGUGAUGAUUUAUUGGAUAAUUUACGCAUAUCUCUUGAAAUGAAUCAAGUUGUUUUUAUAGCCAAACAUGAUUUCAUUAAUCAAUGUGAAGAUGGUGAUUUAAAAUUUGCUCGUUUUGAAUUAAUAAUCGGUUUUCAUCCCAUCGAUAAUGAUUGGUGGAACGGUACUCGUCUAAGUUCCGUACAACGCCUUGAUAAUCAUUUGAUUGUCGAUGAUGCUAAUUGUGGUAUAUUUCCAUUAACUUUUGUUUGGAAAUUACGAAACGAUCUGCUUCCCGAUUUCAUAUUUGAUCCACGUGGAAUUCGAGUGAAAAAUUUCACCAGUAAACAUUCUAUCGAUGAUAAUAUUGACAAUACUACUGAGAAGCAAAAAAUAUUGUCCAAUGAAUCAUUACAACCAGAACAAAAUAACAACAAUGUCGUUAAUACAACGAAGAAUAAAUAUCUAUUCUAUGUCAAAGUAAUCAAAACAAUGGAAGCACAACUUGAUCAAGAAAUCGAUUUACCUGAAUUGGAUGAAAUAUUGGGCGUAAUUAAAGAAAAUGAUAAACUUUAUUAUGAAGGUGAAUCAUUGUCAAGAAAAAUUUGUGGAAUUUUUCCAAAAAAUUUUGUUGUCAAAACUGACGUUUCGAAUGAUUUAAUUGAGAACUUGACGCAUAAUAAUCAACUUUCCAAUCCCGAUUCUAGCUGUGAUAUUCAUCAAGAUUCUGAUAAUUCUUCAAUAGGAAGAUCACCAGUGCCGCCAUCGUUCAGUCCUCCUCCACCACCGGACAUUUUGGAUAUCUUGAAUUAUAAGAGCGAAAAAUUAUAUGCAAAUAUUGAAUCUAAUAAUAAAAUGGAUUCCGAUAAAAAUUUGCAAAAACAACAGUCAGGAUAUCAAGAUUUGCCGCCUUCAUAUGAAGCAGCUAUGAGUGCCGUUUCCGCUUCACAUUCACAACCUGUUGCAUAUGGUUAUGCUAAUUAUAUGUUCAAUGAAAUGGAACCUUAUGGCAGAGCAUUGUAUGAUUUUGAUGCACAAGAUGAUUCAGAGCUAAGUCUUCGCCAAGAUCAAAUUGUACGAUUGAUUCGUUACUAUGAUCAGGAUUGGAUGGAAGGAGAAAUUAAUGGCCAUAUCGGAUUCUUUCCUCGUAGUUACAUAUCAGUUAUUGUCGAUUGUAAAGAACAAAACGAUAAUUCAGCCCCACAAGUCACGUCGAAGCAAAAUGAUCCCACUCAGAAUCAAGUGGAAGCUAUCGAUUUUCCUUCAAAUUCUAUUGCGAAAAUUCUUUAUGAUUUUGAUGGAGAAAUGGAACAAGACCUAAAAGUUCGUGCCGGUGAUAUUAUAACCAUGUUGAGACGUUUUACCACUACAGAUUGGAUUGAAGCAAAAGAUUCAUCUGGUAAUGUAGGUUUUGUUCAUAUGAAUUUAUGUCAACCAUUCCAUUCUGGUCAAUCUACAUCGAAUGAAUCAGCAGCAGCGGCAACAACAACAACAACAAACACACCACAAACAUUAAAUCUUUAUCCAAAAAUUGAUGAUGAAAAACUCAAAGAUAAACAGUCUAGUUCUAUUCUUGAACCUGGACAAGUUGCGCAGGCUAAACCACAUCGUCGUGCACCAAUCGCACCACGUCGUACUGACGUUUUUCCAACAUUCAAUCAAUUUCUGAUUCAAGAAAAACAAGAACAUUAUCAAUUCGAUUUGGAUGGUAAUGAAGCGUCAUUAGAAACGGAAACAAAUGAUGCAAAUUCCAAAGUUAAAAAUCAAAAACAAAAUCAGCGUGAAUGCGUAAUUACCGAGCUUUUACAAACGGAAAAAGAUUAUUGCCAUGCAUUGAAAAUUUGCCACGAUGUGUUCAAUUCGAGUGUAUAUGAAGCAGAAAAAGUGAACGUAGAUGUCGAACGAUUAUUGUAUAAUAUGAAAAGCAUAAUCGAUGUUUCAAAACAUUUGAUAAAAUCAUUGGAAAAUUAUGCUCAUAAUCGUGCAUACGUUGAUCAAAGGGUUGGCAUUUGUUUUUUGGAUUUAAAAUUCAAAAUUAAUGAAAGCUAUACCCAGUAUUGUCGUAAUCAUGAUUCAGUUCAUUCGCUAUUGAAAUUCUAUGAAGGAAAUUCUAUUUCCCAGAGUUAUGUGAAAAAUUGUCUUGGCCGUAUUCAGAAUCAAACCAAUUGUUUUGAUUUAUCUUCUAUUUGGAUCAAACCGGUGCAACGUAUAUUGAAAUAUCCAUUAUUGUUGAAUGAAUUGAUAAAAUUCACUGAAGAAGAUCAUGUUGAUUAUGAACCAUUGAAGAUGGCCUGUCAGAUGAUCACCGAUAUUGCUACACGUAUAAAUGAACACAAACGACGACAAGAUUUAAUACAAAAAUAUUGUCGUGCAAAAGAUCCAACAUUGGCUGAGAAAUUGAAAAAUCUUUCAAUGCAUUCAGUAUGGAAAAAAAGUUCACGAUUCAAAUAUCGAUUUCUUUCAGCGUUACCGUUUUCAUCCGGUACCAAAGACAAAGAUUAUGAUGCUGCUUUGCAUUCAUUUCAAGAAGUGGAUAAAAUUAUUCGUUCAUUUCUCAAAGAUAUGAAAGAAUAUAUGGAUGCCAUGGACAAAUACAAUAUCGAAUUAUUAUCCACAAUGGAAACCAUUGUUGAAUAUUGUGAUUUUAAACGUCAUCCUCGUUUUAAUAUUGAACAGAUUCGUGAAAAAUAUCUUCUCAUGUAUCAUGAUCAAUUUAAAAUUUACAAAAAAGGCAUAGAAUCUAAGGUUAUUAAACCAUUGAACAUAUUGUUGCAAAAAUUUGCUAGCCCCAUACGAUUAAUUAGUAAACGUGAUGAUAAACGUGUCGAUUAUGAGGCUAGUUUGAAAUCAUCGAAAAGUAAUGCUGAAAAUACAAAUUUAUUGAAAAAUACUUUUGAAGCCUUGAAUCAACAAUUGAUUGAUGAAUUGCCUAUGCUUGCCGAUACUUCUUUACAAAUUCUGAUCAAUUGUAUACAAGCAUUCCUAUCGGAACAUAAACGUUUUGUUGGUUUGAUGGCCAAACAUCAAUUAGAGUUGCAUGAAUUGCCCAUAGUGAACAAUACAUCUUUUGAAUUCUUUUCGGAUAUUGAUGAAACAUUUCGCGUUAAAUAUAAUCUCAAUUUUAUACAAAUGUUGAGAGAAUUUUCAUUAUUACAUACGAGCAGCUUCCAAGAAUCAUCUACAUCCACAUUAUCAUCAUCAUCAUCAUCAUCAUUGACAGCAUUCACUCGAUUUGGUUCGAAACGUAAUAGUAAUACAUGGAAAAAUACUUUACCAAUAAAUAAAACAUAUCAGCCCGAUACUAAUCAAUCGCAACAACAAAAACCUAGGAAAUCAUCAAUUACGAAUCAAACACAACAACAAGAAUCUGAUCGUCAAAUACUCCAAAAUAAAUAUGAUUCACAACAUUUAUUCACGGUUAUUAAAAAUUAUGAACCAUGCGAUAUCCUUGAAAUUGGUGUCCAACAAGGUGAUUUGAUUGGUGUAAUCAAAUACAAAGAGCCUACUGGUAGUGAAAAUCGUUGGUACAUUGAUCGUGGAUUCAUUCAAGGUUUUGUUCCAAGAAAUUUAUUAAAAUCAUAUCGGCCAUUUCCAAUGGAUAGCCAAAAACAACAACAACAACAAUGGCAACAACAAGAAUCAUCAUCAUCAAAUCGUUAUGAUCAAGUUGCCGAAGAUUCGAUAUCGAUUCCAGAUCCUAUUGAACCACAACGUUAUUAUUCAACAGUUCCAAUAGAAGAAACAAUUGAAAGUGAUCAAUCAUCAUCAUCAUGUUUAUUAUUAUCAUUAGAAGAAAUUGAUUCGAAUAAAAAUAUGGAAUUAUCAGAAUUUGAUCCAUUGAUGGCACAACAAAUGUCAACAUUAUCAAGUAAUGAUGAAUUUCAUAAUAAAAAACCGUCUGAUGAUGAUGAUGAUGAUGAUUAUUAUAUAGCUGCAUAUCCAUUCAAAGCAGCCGGACCUAAUCAAAUAUCAAUGAAUUUUGGCCAAAAAGUUUUUGUACAUUGUAAACAUGAUACCAGUGGUAAUUCCGAUUGGUGGCUAGUUGGCCAUUCUAAUCAAAAAGGUUAUGUACCUGGAAAUUAUUUGAAAAAAUGAAUGAAUGAAUGAACGUUUUUAACGGUAAUUUUUUUAU